GCGAGCGCGGUUAGACUGUGCGGAAAGCAGCCGCGAGGCCGCCGCCCGCAGCCCCAGACGCUCCGGCGCCGGGACACAGCACUCUCUGCACCAUCUCUCGGCUGUACCCCCACCCGUUUGACAAGAUGUCUGUAAAGGAAGGCGCUCAGCGCAAGUGGGCGGCGCUGAAGGAGAAGCUGGGGCCGCAGGACUCAGACCCCACGGAAGCCAACCUGGAGAGCGCAGACCCUGAGCUGUGCAUCCGGCUGCUGCAGAUGCCCUCGGUGGUCAACUACUCGGGCCUGCGCAAGCGCCUGGAGAGCAGCGAUGGCGGCUGGAUGGUGCAGUUCCUGGAGCAGAGCGGCCUGGACCUGCUGCUGGAGGCGCUGGCACGGCUGUCAGGGCGUGGCGUGGCCCGCAUCUCGGAUGCCCUGCUGCAGCUCACCUGCAUCAGCUGUGUGCGUGCUGUCAUGAAUUCACAGCAGGGCAUCGAAUACAUCCUCAGCAACCAGGGUUAUGUGCGCCAACUCUCCCAGGCUCUGGAUACCUCCAAUGUAAUGGUCAAGAAGCAGGUGUUUGAAUUGCUGGCUGCUCUGUGCAUCUAUUCGCCUGAGGGCCACGCACUGACGCUCGAUGCCCUGGACCAUUACAAGAUGGUGUGCAGCCAGCAGUACCGCUUCAGCGUCAUCAUGAAUGAGCUCUCGGACAGUGACAACGUGCCCUAUGUGGUCACCCUGCUCAGUGUGAUCAACGCUAUCAUUCUGGGCCCCGAGGACCUCCGCUCUCGUGCCCAGCUGCGGAGUGAGUUCAUAGGGCUACAGCUGCUGGAUAUUCUGACCCGGCUACGAGACUUGGAGGAUGCGGACCUGCUGAUCCAGCUGGAAGCCUUCGAGGAGGCCAAAGCGGAGGACGAGGAGGAGCUUCAGCGUAUUAGCGAUGGGAUCAACAUGAACAGCCACCAGGAAGUCUUUGCCUCCCUGUUCCACAAGGUGAGCUGUUCCCCAGCGUCGGCCCAGCUGCUGUCAGUAUUGCAGGGUCUCAUGCACCUGGAGCCGGCUGGCCGCUCAGGCCAACUGCUCUGGGAGGCCCUGGAGAACCUGGUGAACCGGGCUGUGCUCCUGGCCAGUGAUGCCCAGGCUUGCACCCUGGAGGAGGUGGUUGAACGACUGCUGUCCAUCAAAGGGCGGCCCCGACCAAGCCCCCUGGACAAGGCCCACAAGAGUGUCCAGACCAACUCAGUCCAGAAUCAGAGCAGUUCCUCCCAAAACACUACUACUCCCACAACUAAAGUGGAAGGCCAGCAGCCAGUAGUGGCUUCUCCCUGCCAACACAUGGGCAGCAUCCAGAGCUCCAGUGUUGACAUAGCUCCACAGCCAGUAGCCCUUGAGCAGUACAUAACAACCUCAGCUCUACCUAUCCCACCACUCUGCAGCUCCACCCCUGUGCUCCCUCCAACCCCACCCCCCCUGCCAGGCCUAGGGGCCACAUCUCCCCUUCCCCCUCCCCCUCCACCCUUGCCACCCCCUCUGCCAGGCUCAGGGACCAUAUCUCCCCCUCCACCCCCACCUUUGCCUCCCCCUUUGCCAGGCUCAGGGGCCACAUGUCCCCCUCCCCCUCCCCCUCCACCCUUGCCACCCCCUCUGCCAGGCUCAGGGACCAUAUCUCCCCCUCCACCCCCACCCCCACCUCCCCUACCAGGUACAGGGGCUGUGUCUCCCCCACCCCCUCCACCACUUCCAUCUCUGCCUGAUUCCCACAAGACCCAGCCCCCGCCCCCGCCCCCGCCCCCACUCCCUGGCAUGUGCCCAGUUCCUCCCCCUCCUCCACUACCCAGAGCAGGCCAGAUACCUCCACCUCCUCCCUUGCCUGGUUUCUCUGUUCCCUCCAUGAUGGGUGGUGUGGAGGAGAUCAUUGUGGCCCAGGUCGACCACAGCCUGGGCUCAGCCUGGGUCCCCAGUCAUCGCAGAGUGAAUCCACCCACACUGAGAAUGAAGAAGCUGAACUGGCAGAAGCUACCAUCCAAUGUGGCACGAGAGCGCAACUCCAUGUGGGCCACACUGGGCAGCCCCUGCACAGCCGCAGUGGAACCCGACUUCUCCAGCAUUGAGCAGCUGUUCUCCUUCCCCACGGCUAAGCCCAAGGAGCCCUCUGCUGCCCCCGCCAGGAAGGAGCCCAAAGAAGUCACUUUUCUGGACUCCAAGAAGAGCCUGAACCUCAACAUCUUCCUGAAGCAAUUUAAAUGUUCCAAUGAAGAAGUCACCAGCAUGAUCCAGGCUGGAGACACCAGCAAGUUUGAUGUGGAGGUCCUCAAACAGCUUCUAAAGCUUCUUCCAGAGAAGCAUGAGAUUGAGAACCUACGGGCGUUCACUGAGGAGCGAGCCAAGUUGUCCAAUGCUGACCAGUUCUAUGUUCUCCUCCUGGACAUUCCCUGCUACCCGCUGCGGGUGGAGUGCAUGAUGCUGUGUGAGGGAACAGCCAUCGUCCUGGACAUGGUGCGGCCCAAGGCCCAGCUGGUGCUCACCGCCUGCGAGAGCCUGCUCACCAGCCAGCGGUUGCCAGUCUUCUGUCAGCUGAUCCUCAAAAUCGGGAAUUUCCUCAACUACGGCAGCCACACGGGAGAUGCAGAUGGUUUCAAGAUUAGCACCUUGCUGAAGCUCACAGAGACCAAGUCCCAGCAGAGUCGUGUGACGCUGCUGCACCACGUGCUGGAGGAAGUGGAGAAGAGCCACCCGGACCUCCUACAGCUGUCCCGGGACCUGGAGCCACCCUCUCAAGCUGCAGGAAUCAACGUGGAGAUCAUCCACUCAGAGGCCAGUGCCAACCUGAAGAAGCUUCUAGAAGCGGAGCGGAAGGUGUCCACUUCCAUCCCUGAGGUGCAGAAGCAGUACGCUGAGCGCCUCCAGGCCAGCAUUGAGGCCUCUCGGGCGCUGGACAAGGUGUUCGACGCCAUUGAGCAAAAGAAACUGGAGCUGGCUGACUACCUAUGCGAAGACCCCCAGCAGCUGUCCCUAGAGGACACGUUCAGCACCAUGAAGACCUUCCGAGACCUCUUCACCCGUGCCCUGAAGGAGAACAAGGACCGGAAGGAACAGAUUGCAAAAGCGGAAAGGAGGAAACAGCAGCUGGCGGAGGAGGAGGCCCGGAGGCCAAGGGACGAGGACGGGAAGCCUGUCAGGAAGGGGCCUGGGAAGCAAGAAGAGGUGUGCGUCAUCGAUGCCCUGCUGGCCGACAUCAGGAAGGGCUUCCAGCUACGGAAGACAGCCCGGGGCCGGGGAGACACUGAAGCAAGUGGCAGAGUGGCUCCCACAGAGCCUCCAAAGGCCACAGAGCCUGCAACUGCCAGCAAUCCUACCCAGGGCACAAACCACCCUGCUUCAGAGCGCUUGGAUACCACAGCAGCUGACGAGCCGCAGGGCUGGGACCUUGUGGAUGCUGUAACCCCCAGCCCCCAGCCCUCCAAGGAGGAAGAUGGUCCUCCAGCCCUGGAGAGGCGCUCCUCCUGGUAUGUGGAUGCCAGUGACUUCCUGGACCCUGAAGAUACCCCGGAUGCCCAGCCCUCUGAGGGGGUCUGGCCAGUGACUCUGGGAGAUGGUCAAGCUCUGAAUCCCCUCGAGUUCUCUAGCAAUAAGCCUCCUGGAGUCAAGAACUCGCACCAGGACGCUACGGAUCCUGAAGCCUUGUGGGGCGUCCACCGAACCGAGGCGGACAGCACCAGUGAGGGACCAGAGGAUGAAGCUCAGCGAGGACAGAGCACCCACCUUCCCCACACAGGCCACGGGGAGGAUGAGGAUGGAGAGGACACAGCCCCAGAAUCUGCACUCGACACGUCCCUGGACAGGUCCUUUUCUGAGGACGCAGUGACAGAUUCCUCAGGGUCUGGCACCCUCCCCAGGGUCCAAGGCCGGGUCUCAAAGGGGACAAGCAAGCGGAGGAAGAAACGUCCCUCAAGGAACCAAGAAGGGCCUGGGACCUCUCCCUGCUGUCCCACCCUUACCCCCGCGGGUCCUACAGGCUCAACCAGCAUCCAGGAGAGAGGGAGAGUUUGCCCCUGAUUCUGAUGAUAUUAAGGCAAAAAGGCUGUGUGUGAUCCAGUGAGGCCUCAGGUCCAGGCCCAAAGCCAAGUGAGUGCUCUCGUCGGCUCAGCACAUCGGCUGGAUGUGUUGCCUGGAGAGGCUCUUCAGGGCCAGGCUGGGACUGGGCCCCCGAGAAACCCAAACUCCGUGCCUUACCCAGCCAGGAUCCUUGGGAGCCUUGGGCAUUGAUGCUGGAACCUGGCCUGGCACCCUGGGCCACCUGCACGCUCUUAGCCUCUGCUUUUGCGAACCACUCCCACCCCCUAUCGCAUGCACCACAGGGGUGGGCGGGAGCCUCCUGCCUGGCUCUAGGGAAAUGGAUACAGACACCUGCACUGGGGCUGAAACAUCCCCUUUCCCCCAAGCCCCAUGGCUCAGUUGAUUUUUAGCUGAGUGCUGUUUUCUGCAUCUUUAUUCUGCUAUGGCUGAGUUGGGGUUAGUGAGGGCCUGAGGGAAUGCUCGUUGGAAGUGCUGUGGGUAGGACCUGGCAGGUAGGCUCUAGGGAACAAAUAUCCAAAAAGUUCAUGAGCACAAUGAGUGGUGACCAGACCACUGCAGCUGUCAUCUCCCUUGGUGUGUGCCCGGUGGGGAACAAGCUGCCCCUGCUCAGCCCCUCUCAUGUGUGCACUGUUGAGUCUGCAGGCCAGCAGGGAUUUUAACCAAUAAAGAGCCACCUUGUCUGUCA